AUGGAUGUAAUCAGCACUGUCCACUUUGGAAAACAGUACGAAAAUGCUUUUUGGGACCCAGAAAAGCUUCAGAUGGUCUUUGGAGAUGGCGGCGAGUUCCUCAACAACUUUGUCGGAUGUAUUGACGUUAUCGGGCAUGAGCUCACUCAUGCUGUCACAACAAAUACAAGUCCCCUCGAUUACUUUGGUCAGGCAGGUGCUUUGAACGAGCACAUCUCGGAUGUCUUUGGCAUCAUGGUCAAGCAAGACGCCCAGGAUGAAAAAUCCCCAGUCGCAGAUUGGCUCAUUGGCGAAGACUGUAUUCUUCCUGGCGUCAAGGGAACUGCGCUACGAAGCAUGAAGGAGCCCGGAACAGCCUACGACGACCCUAUUUUCGGCAAGGAUCCGCAGGUGGCUCACAUGAAGCAAUUCAAGACGACAUUCGAGGACAACGGAGGAGUGCACAUAUUUUCUGGAAUCCCGAAUCGAGCCUUUUAUCUUGCGUCCAACGCAUUUGGCGGUUACUCUUGGGAGAAGGCUGGCAAGAUCUGGUGGGCAGCCAUGAGGUCAGGCAAGAUAAAGCCCCGGUGUACGUUCAAAGAGUUUGCUGAUGUGACGAUGGAUUGCGCAAAGGAGCUCUUUGAUGACAAGACGGCCAAGGUGAUCAAGAAGGCGUGGGCAGAUGUUGGAGUUCUCGACGAUGUUGGCAGUGAGUCAACCCCAGGUAACUGGUGUGGUGUUCUGUAG